CACACAUGGAGCGUCGGCUGCUCUGUGACAGGAUGGAAAGGAAGAUGGAGGAGAACACUGUUAGAGACGUCGAGACUGGCAGUGAAACUGGAGGAGAGGAUGCCUUGGUGGGAAAUGUGAACAAGCUGAUGGUGAGCCCACCAGGUUACUCCGGAGCUCCGCGAAAAGGACAUCUGCUUUUUGAUGCUUGCUUUGAGAGUGGGAACCUCGGCCGGGUGGACUACAUCAGUGAGUUUGAGUUUGACCUCUUCAUCCGCCCUGACACCUGCAACCCCCGCUUCAGAGUCUGGUUCAACUUCACGGUGGAGAACGUCCGUGAGACACAGAGAGUCAUUUUCAAUGUGGUCAACUUCUCCAAGACCAAGAGCCUCUACAGAGAUGGAAUGUCUCCGGUAAUCAAGUCUACCAGCCGGCCCAAAUGGCAGAGGCUUCCCGCCAAAAACGUGUACUACUACCGCUGUCCUGACCACCGGCGCAACUAUGUCAUGUCCUUUGCCUUCUGUUUUGACCGAGAGGACGACGUAUACCACUUUGCCUACUGCUACCCCUACACCUACUCCAGACUGCAGCACUACCUGGCCAGCCUGGAGCGCAGGAACCUGCCCUACCUGCAGAGGGAGCAACUGGGACUCAGUGUGCAACAACGGCGUCUCGACCUGUUAACCAUCACCAACACUGCAGAACAUCUCGAUCCAGAGCGGGAGAAGAAGCUGGUCUUUCUUACAUCUCGUGUUCACCCUGGAGAGUCUCCUGCCUCCUUUAUUUGUCAAGGUGUGAUCGACUUCCUGGUAAGCCAGCAUCCUGUGGCUCAGAUCCUAAGAGAUCAUGUGAUCUUCAAGAUCGUCCCCAUGCUAAAUCCUGAUGGAGUCUACCUGGGCAACUACAGGUGUUCUCUGAUGGGUUUCGACCUGAAUCGCCACUGGCAGGAUCCCUCUCCAUGGGCCCAACCCACGCUGCACGCUGUCAAACAACUCAUAGUGCAGAUGAACCAAGACCCGAGAGUUAGUUUGGAGUUCUACAUUGAUGUUCACGCCCACUCCACCAUGCUGAAUGGCUUCAUGUACGGCAAUGUGUUCGAGGACGAGGAGCGCGUCCAGAGACAGGCUGUCUUCCCCAGACUGUUAUGCCAAAAUGCACCAGACUUCUCCUUUCACUACCUAAAGCCCAGUGCAGCAGCAGCAGCAGCAGCAGCACAACACAAUCAUGGCAAACUCCCACUGGUGGCCACCAAGUCUGCAUUUCAGCAAGGCAACUCUCACUGCAGCAGAGCAGAGUGGAGUGACAGUGAAUGGAAACUUUUCCACACUCUUCCCAAGACAGCAUCAUAUAGUAUAGCUGACACGCUGAAACCCAAAAUAGACUGGACUUUUUUUUUGUUCUGCUAUAGCCAUUUACAGCUUUGUGAUGACUUUGAAUGAAGUCAAUCUGUUCAAAUAAGCCAGUGUACAUAAUUUGUGUUUCAGCAACCACACAGCUAGAUGCCACCAAUUCCUACAAACUGCCUGUUUUAAUAAGUAAAGUAGCUUCUCCCAACUGAAAUUUUCCAACAUACAACAUUUUAAACCCUCAAUCACAGAUUGUUGAUAUGGGAAACUUUCACAGGUCUUAGCAGAUUUGCCCAACGCAAUAAUCGCUUUGUGAUUCUCUGGACGUUGGCAGUAACUAUUUCCACUGAAGUUUACAACUGUGAAAUGUUAAAUUGUUUAAGUGAUGAGUAAACUGGGACACGAAAAAACACAAAAGCAAUAUGUUUAUGCUGAAUGUGUUUUUUCUUCUCUUUUACUGUAGGAAAUAAUGUGCCGUUCAGGUUAUCAAGGACUUCAGAAGACAUUAUUUUUUGGAAAGUUUCAACUGGGAAACACAAGUACCUUUUGAAACUCACAACACUUUCCAUAGAGUUAUUUAAGGUUAUAUGUCAUAGUCAGGGCUAAUGAUCUCUGUAGGGAAAUUCUCCAGACUCCACAAAUAGGGAAGAUGCUUGCUGACACAAAUACUUGAGCUUAAAUCCUCUCACUGAAGUGUCAUCUUUCUAACCACUAGUCCAACACAAUGUCUCAGAUGUGGUUGUUUUGUUUGUGCACCCCUCUAGUCCAACACGUCCUUUAACAAGGACAUGGUGAAGGCCGGUACCGGUAGACGGUUCCUCGGUGGUCUCCUUGAUGACACGUCCUACUGCUA